GACACGAACUGCCAGUCAGCCCUUUCCGUGCAAUACGUCGAGGCGUAUGGAGCCUGCGCUAAAGCAAAGGAGGAGGGUCUUCUUUGGAGUGUUUUUAUUUAUUUCUUUGUUUCCGGAGAAAUAAUAAUAACAGCGACGUAUUUCACGCUAUACUGUAUUAUUUAUUUUUGCCCGUGUAAGAUAAAAAGCUGGAAGAGGUUCGCAGAGUGUGUGGAAGACCCAAGCGAGAGGGAGGAGGAUGAAGCGGCGCAAUGCGGACUGCAGCAAACUCCGACGGCCGUUAAAACGGAACAGAAUCGCUGAGGGUAUUUAUGGCAGCACCUUCCUGUACCUCAAGUUCCUGGUCGUGUGGGCGCUGGUACUGCUAGCAGACUUUGUGCUGGAGUUCAGGUUCGAAUACCUCUGGCCCUUUUGGCUCUUCAUUCGCAGUGUGUACGACUCCUUCAGAUACCAGGGGCUGGCCUUCUCUGUGUUCUUUGUCUGUGUCGCGUUCACGUCGGACAUCAUAUGCCUCCUGUUCAUCCCCGUUCAGUGGCUGUUCUUCGCUGCCAGCACAUAUGUUUGGGUGCAGUAUGUGUGGCACACAGAGCGAGGUGUGUGCCUUCCCACGGUGUCACUAUGGAUACUCUUUGUGUACAUAGAGGCUGCAAUCCGAUUCAAAGAUUUGAAGAACUUCCAUGUUGACUUGUGUCGCCCGUUUGCUGCACACUGCAUCGGCUAUCCUGUGGUGACGCUGGGCUUUGGCUUUAAGAGCUACGUGAGCUACAAGAUGCGCCUGCGCAAGCAGAAGGAGGUGCAGAAGGAGAACGAGUUUUACAUGCAGCUUCUACAGCAGGCACUUCCUCCUGAGCAGCAGCUGCUCCAGAGGCAGGAGCGUGAGGCUGACGAAGGUGUGUCAACCAAAGGGGUCUCGGACGUGGACAUCCCUCCCAUCUCGCAGAAUGGCGCUCCUGCUGGCAAGAAAGCUUUGCUGCCAGAGCUCGAGUACCGGGAUAAAGGGAGGGAGCACAAAAAGCAGAGUGUGGGCAUAAACAAUAACAUCCUGCAGGCAGUGGACUCAAGGCUUCAGGAAAUCGAGUACAUGGAGAACCAGCUGAACAGCAAGAGACUGAAUAACGAGCUGGCGGGCAGCACUGAAAGCCUGCUUCUAAAGGAGGAGGUGGCCUCUGGAAGCACUGCCUCCAAGAACUACAAGAACUCUGCUGGGGGCAUAGCCAACUCAUCGCCCCGCGGCCACAGCGCCAGCAACGGCACCGUGCCCAUCUCCACCUACUCCUCCUCUUCCUCCUCCUCCAACAAGAAUGAGAAGAAGCAGAAGUUCCCAGGCAAGGGCCUGGCACCCCACAGGGACGUCAUGGAGAACUGCAUCCCCAACAACCAGCUGAGCAAGCCGGAUGCACUUGUACGGUUAGAGCAGGACAUUAAGAAGCUGAAGGCAGACCUGCAGGCGAGCCGCCAAGUGGAACAGGAGCUGCGCAGUCAGAUCGGCUCGCUCAGCAGCACAGAGAGGAGCGUCCGCUCAGAGCUGGCCCAGCUCCGGCAGGACAACGAACUGCUGCAGAGCAAACUUCACAGCGCCGUUCAGGCCAAGCAAAAGGACAAGCAGACCAUCAGCCAGCUGGAGAAGAGGCUCAAGGCUGAGCAAGAGGCCCGUGCUGCCGCUGAGAAGCAGCUGGCUGAGGAGAAGAAGCGCAAGAAGAUUGAGGAGGCGAGUGCCGCCAGGGCUGUGGCCCUCGCAGCGGCAUCCAGAGGAGAGAGCUCUGACGUGCUCAGGGGCCGCAUCCGUGAGCUGGAGACCGAGUGCAAGAAGCUCAGCGUGGACAUGAAGCUGAAGGAGGAACAAAUUCGGGAGCUUGAGGUGAAAGCCCAGGAGCUGCGCAAGUACAAGGAAAAUGAGAAGGACACGGAGGUGCUGAUGUCGGCACUCUCCGCCAUGCAGGACAAGACACAGCACCUAGAGAACAGCUUGAGUGCUGAGACUCGCAUCAAGUUGGAUCUCUUCUCUGCACUAGGUGAUGCCAAGAGGCAGCUGGAAAUUGCCCAAGGUCAGAUCCUCCAGAAAGACCAGGAAAUCAAGGACCUGAAACAGAAAAUAGCCGAAGUGAUGGCAGUCAUGCCGAGCAUCGCGUACACAGCAGACACCAAUAACCUGGGUCCCGUGGCCCCCCAUUACUCCUCCAAGUUCAUGGACACCAGCCCCUCAGGCCUAGACCCCAAUGCAUCUGUUUACCAGCCCCUCAAGAAAUGAAUGCACAGCACUUCCCCACCCCCAUCCCUGCCCCUCAGCCCUGUUUAAGGUGAACAUGGUGUGUUAGCUGCUGACGUUGUCCUGAUUCCUUUCUUGGUUUAGAGGACUUUGUGUUGUAUGAAUGCUUGCUUUGGUUCAGGCAGAGGAUAAGAAGGGACACCACGUCGGCUGAGAUUGUCCACUGUUCUUUUUUUAUCUGUAACCUUGAGAAAACCGGAAGUAACAGCUUUUGUUCCUGGUCAAUGCAUAAAAAGCCUCAUAUUUUGGUUCUUCCAUUGCCUGUUUUUCACACUCAGACUUUUUUCCUGAUCAGACCAGUUUGUUAAUUUCAUGCAGAAAUAUCAAGUGCAGUGCAGUGUCAGGAAGUCUAAAAAUCAUAUCUGAUUUGAAGUGUGUUUGACUAUGAGAUGUUGCCUUUGGUGUUUACAGACUUCAGUGCAAACCAUCCAUGGUUGUGGUUUCAUUUUUCUAAACCCUCAGCUCUAUAUGAACAUCUCAAAUGGUUUCUAUGUUGCCAGUAUUGAUACCCUCUGAUCCCUGGGACUGGUGUUCCCUCCAAACACAGGAAGCUACUGAGCUCAGUUACGCCCCAUCAGGCACUGUUAUUUCUCACUUCUUUGUACUAGUAUUUCAUUCACUGUUUGGCCUCUUUGGUUAUCUUUAGUUGGUGUCUCCUUCCAAGAUGGACCGGACUGUCAGGUGUAAUGACCUGCUGCCAAGAAAUAUGUUCACUGAUUUUUGUAUUAAUAUGGAUAUUAAACCUUUGUUUUGUUGGUUCACGAGAUGCGAAAGUUAAAAUACUGUCUAGUUUUAGGAGGAAAAUGUGUUGCAUCAAACUUGUUUCCCCCCCCACCCCUUCUCUACUGGACCAAACUGAACGUAAGGAAUUUUACCAUAAUUAUUAAAUUUGUCUUCUGCAGAGAACCAAGCUAAUUUCACAGUUGAAUCUUGUAUUUUCCUGCUAGCUGUCAUUUACAGUGCCUUGCAACAACACUUUUAUUCUUUAUUAUUUUGGAAUUAAGGGGCCCCUCUCCAACCAGCACCUCCAACUGAUAAUUUUAAACAGUGGUUUUCAGUUUCUUCCCAGCUGAACCUUGGAUCACAGCCUCUACUUUCUUCUUGUUCCUUCUGCCUGGCACCCGAAGGAAUGUUGCUGCAAAGGGAAAAAGAACAAUGAGAUGAAUUUCAUGCAGUUUGUAUUUAAAAAGGUUGAAGGAGGGGAAAAAAAAAAAAAAAAGGUACCUAUCAAAUGUGGCACUUGUGGAGUGUUUUCCCCCCCCCCCCCCUUUCACAA